CCAGUAACCAAUAAUCGGAAGAAUCAAUGAUGUUUCAGAGGAAGCAAAACGAAACAUGAUUUGCGUUUGAUGAAUAGCAACGAUGAACGCAGUGAAGCAUAGAUUGUUGCAUACUCUUCGCGGUAAUGCGCCUACGGAGACACUGAAGAGAAAAGCGUUGGAAUUGGAGAAGAAAAGGAAGACGAGGCGAUCGAAGAGCAAGGACCAGUUCAUCGUCCCAGUUCCCGAAUCCCUCUCCUACCUCGACACCGCCACCAUGCCCAUGGUCGUCGCCGCCGUUGGAAUCGUAGUCUUCGCCAAGCUCCUCAUGAUGAUUGAUGAAUCGAGGUCCGAAGAGUUGCUGGAGCGUAAGAUAAAGAAUUCCCCUGAAGGUCAAGGUAGUGUUAGAAUGCUCACCCGAGAAGAGUGGGAGAAGUAUCGAGAAAUCAGACCUAGGACUCCAUAUGAGUCCAAGUUUUCUCGUCCUAAUGCCAGAAUAAGAUCAGGAGAACCACUGAGUCCGGAGGAUGUGAAGGAUUGGACAACUGAUGUUAUCAUGGAUGCUUUUCACAGAGUAGAAGAGUAUGGUAAACAUCGUUCUAAGUAAUGUAACUUGUCCUGAUAUUAACCUUGAAUUACCCCCCCUCUUUUUUUUUUUUGCUUUUUUAAAUGUAAUGCUUAGAUAAUUUCCAGUACUGUGUUUAUGUGAUCUCUGUGAUGAGAUGGAUUGGAA